UCAGGAGUUGGCUGAAUAAGUGUGCCAUUCAUCCCUGGGCUGCCCUGUGUGUGUGUGUGUGUGUGUGUGUGUGUGUGCUGUUUUUGUUGUCUCUGUUGGACUCACGUGGAUAAUGCACUCGACGGGCAGCUCUCAUUCGAGCCGGGCCGGGCGUGGGAGAAGGAAGGAAGGAAGGAAGGAAGGAAGGAAGGACCCGUGGAACGAGGUCAAUGGGAGCCAAGUUCACCAUCUGCUGCUAUCGGAGACACCACAGCGGGGAGAAGGAUGCUAUUCUGCGGAUGCGCACCAGCAGGCAGCCGGCGGCAUCCAGCGGGUCCAGCGACACGGAGGAGGAGAGCCUUUUCGGGCCUCGGCCCUGGAGGAGGCACACCGACGGCCCGCCGGACUCUCCCAGCAGCAGGAGAGGGUCGGACCGAGAGCUGCAGGCGUUCAUCAGCAUGAGGGACCAGGCCGACAAGGCCACCGAGGAGUGGGAGAAGCUGAACUACGACAUCCACUCGCUGCGCUGCGCCAGACGGGAGGUCAGAUCUCGAUGGAGGAAGAUCCUGCUGCAGCUCGGUUACCGGUGCGAGGCGGACGCCUUGCUGUGCGUGAGCCAGCGGAGGCGGCGGCUCAGUCGGGACCAGGACCGACCCAACAAAGCGGCCGAGCUGUUGGAACAGCUGCUGGACCGCACCUCUCUGUUUCCCCCGGAAACGGAGCACCAGAGCACAUACCUCUGCGUGAUGGACCGCCUGGUGUCACUGGACAGUGCGGAGGACUUUGUCAGACUGGCCACAGAAAAAUAUCCCCAGCAAAGUGGGCUGAGAGACAAUGACGGGGAAAAAGAAGACGUACGAGCGGGUAAAGACACAUUUUGAAAUUGUUCUGUGAAAGGAAAGCUUGUGUUUUUCUGCCAAACUCUAACAGUCAUUAAAUUCUAGAGGAAAAUGUCAUUCUAAUUCCAAAUUAAACCUUCUCUCUGAUUUAUCCUGUUGAUUGAACUAAUUUCAUAUGGUGUUUUGUUUAUUUGGACCAUUUAAUGGUCCAAAUAAACAAAACAUGCUGUACAAAGAUAACAUAUGUUUUAUCUUUUAUAGUAGACAUAUGACUCAUCUAGUAUUACUGUUGCACUUAUUAAUAAACAAUAACGUUUGUCCUUACUAUGUUUGGUUAGGUUUUGUAGAUAUGUGUUAAUAAUACUAAAAAAAUAUUAGGUCAGAAAAUGUUUUGGAAAAAAAAUCAAAAUAUUUCAAAAAUUGUUGAAAAUGUCAUCUGGGAAAAAAAAUGUCCUAAAUAUAUAUUAUGUAAAAACAGUAUUGUCAAUACGUUUUGUAAAAAGAAAUCAUGGAAAAAAAAUUAAUUAUUUUUUGUUUUUAAAAAGAUUCAAUAUAUUUUGUGUCAAAAACUGUUAUCUACUGUAUAUUAAAGCAGUACUUUCCCUGCAGUAUGACAGUUGGUAAAUGAAUUAUUUACUACAUGCUGCUUGAAUCCUUUUUGUUCACCUUGUCAAUAAAAACAUAUUCCUGC